AUGCUAGCUAGGCAGCCUCACAGAAAGAAUGGCAAUAUUCUUUUUGAGAAAAAAACCUUAGAAGGAGAUAAGUCCUCCAGCAGAUGGCAGCAGCAGCUCAGUCAAGAAGCAGCAGCAUCAGAGUCAGUUUUAGAUGCCAGCUGUGAUCCCCACUGCACUAGCCAUGGUGAUAUUGGAGUGUGGUUGGCAGGUGGCAUGUUGCAACCUGGAAGGGAAGCCCUGAGAAGACUAGAGCCCAAGGAUUAUACUGAUCACCCCCACACUAACAGUGGUUACUACUGUAACGCCAUGGGGUUUAUUACUAUAGUUAGCUUGUAUAUAGGACCCAGGCGCCGCUUCCCAUGGAACAUCAUCUUGUUGACCAUCUUUACCCUAGCAAUGAGCUUCAUGACUGGCUGCAUAGUCAGUAUGUAUAACACUAAAGCGGUCAUCUUGGCCAUGAUCAUCACCGCCAUCGUCACCAUUGCUGUCACCAUAUUCUGCUUCCAGACCAAGGUGGACUUCACAUCCUGUGCUGGGCUUUUCUGUGUGCUCGGCAUUGUCUUGACAGUGACUGGGAUUAUCACUGCCAUUGUGAUGGCCUUCAAAUAUGUCUAUUGGCUUCACAUGCUGUAUGCUGCCCUGGGAGCCAUUGCAUUUACUCUGUUUUUGGCAUAUGACACACAGCUGGUCUUGGGGAACAGGAAGCACACCAUCAGCCCAGAAGAAUAUAUCACAGGCGCCCUGCAAAUCUACACGGAUAUCAUCUACAUUUGA